UCAAAAGGUCAAGCGGGAUAAAAUGGAUGGCGUUAGCGAGAUUUCGUAUGAUGAUUUCUUACGAUGGAGGGUUCCGGAGCUAAAAGAAUAUCUCCGCGAUCGAGGCCUCAAGACAACAGGCAGGAAAGUGGAGCUGGUAGCACUUGCCUUCGGUGCAAGCCAGAUGAAGAUCGAAACGAAAAAGGAUUCUGUGGAGGAAAAAAUGAAAAACAAACAAGACUACUUAGAUUUGUUAAAGGUAAACGACCACAAUAUACCGGACCCUCUAUGCUUGAAGACGGGGUGGGUGUCGGAGCAGAAUGGCAUAUCGCAGUGGCCUCCCACUAUGUACUUCGAUAUCGCCGAAUAUUUGACAACUACAGCACCUUCCACUUUCGGUGAUCUGAGAAAGCGUCUUCUAAAUGAUUACAAGGAAGGAAAGGCGUAUAGUUACUUCGAUUCAAAGUUUCUGAAAGAACUUAAAUACCAUCCAAUUAGCAAAGAAUCACCAUAUUGCAUUUUGUCUGCAUACUGCACCCCGUCUCAGAAAAUUAAUUCGACAUUCCACACAGCUUGGGUGUGCUUGGACAAAAAGACGGGGUACAUAUGCAGAGCUUAUUGUACCUGUUUUGCUGGUUUAGGGUCUACAUGUAACCAUAUAGCAGCUAUCUUGUUUAAAGUGGAUUUUGCAUGGCAGCAUGGUAUGACACAGAAAACAUGUACAUCUUUACCUUGCAAGUGGAAUGUGCCAUCUUUGCUAAACAACAUCCAGCAUAAACCCAUAUCAGAGUUAGAAUGGCGCAAACCACAUUACAGUAAGAAAGGUGAAAAGAAGACAAUAAAUCCAAUGGUUAGAACUUUAUUCAACCCAUCAAGAUCUAAGGAAUCACCGAACUUAGAGAGUUUGUUGCAUGCACUAUAUGACAGCUGUCCUUCCUCCUGUGCUUUCCAGUAUGCUCUUCCACUGUCUACACCAGCUUUCUCCCCAGAGGAUGAUGUCAAUGUGGGUACAGUUGUUGAAUGUGAAACAGGGGCUUUCAUACCUCCUUCCAUUUCUUCACAAGCAAAAGAUUGCAGUAGUGUAGAUGAGCUACUAGAGAAAUUGCCAACAUUUACUCCAGACCAAGCUGAAGCAUUGGAAAAGUCUACCAGAGGACAAUGGCAAUCACCCCUGUGGAAAGAACAGCGACAAGGAAGGAUAACAGCUUCUUUGGUAUACAGAGUGGUGACAAGAAUGCAUACUGCUGAAAGAAAACCAGACACUGAUACCACUAAUCUCAUCAAAAGUGUCCUAGGCAUUACCAAACCAAAUGAAGAUUUGCCAGCCUUAAAAUAUGGAAGGGUCAUGGAGUCAGAGGCAAAACUUAAGUACAUCCAAGUUAUGAAAACGGUCAACAAAGCUAAUGUCAUGGUGAAUGAAUGCGGUUUAUUUGUCCUUUUGGAAAUGAUCUAUUUAGGAGCUACUCCUGAUGGUAUUGUAUAUGAUUCUACCUCAUCUUCUGAGGGGAUUUUGGAGAUAAAGUGUCCAUAUAGAAUAGCCAAUGACAAUCCCUCCCACCAAAACCUUGAUUAUUUAGAAAAAUGUGAACAGGGCAGCCAGCUCAAAUGCAAUCACUCGUAUUACUAUCAAAUACAAACCCAGCUUGGAGUGACGGGAAAAGAAUGGUGUGACUUCUUUGUUUAUACAAAGGCGGGAUAUUUCUUGGAGCGCGUGCACCUGAAUCAAGAGGUCUGGGAUGAUAUCAAAGCUUGUGUGAAAGAAUUUUUUACAAAACAUUUAGCACAAAAACUAGUUAGCUAGGGAUGUAGGUAAACAAGCCUUGCAGAAUUCAAACAGGGUGACAAACGUAAAGGUGAUUAAAUAACAAUAAUAACCUGCUUUUGGUGUUUAAGAGGGUGACAUGCCAUUUAAUAUUUAUUGCAUAUUGUUAUUAAACAUGAAUGCCCUAUCAUAUGUCAUUUCACAGUAAUCAAACAUGAAGGUCAAGGCCAAAGGGUCAAAGAUCACAAAAUAAAUAAUGAAAACUUUAUUUAUGUAAUUUACAAACUGAAUAUGAUUUUUAUAAAUUGAAUCUUUGGCAUUAUGCAUGCUAUGUUCAUCAAUCUCCUUUGAGUAAAUUUGGAUUUUAA